AUGCCACCACACGUCUCGCGAAAGCGUGCCCGGUCUCCAUCGCCAGCACCAAGGCCAUCCAGCAACAAUAAAGCUACAGGCAAAACUCCUACCAAACGCGCCAAGCCUACACUAUUCGAGACGGCAGAUGCACCUGCAAAACGUAGAAAGACGCUAGAGGAUAAAAAGAACCUGCUGGACGAGCUGAAUGCGGACGACGAUGACGAUUUGGUGAGCGAAGCCGACAGCGACGACUUUGAGGAUGUGCCUGCUGCUAAGCGAAGAAAGACGGCCAAGGAGCAGGACGGGAACGACGGGGAGGAUGCGGAUGAGAGUGAGGAGGAGGACGAUGGCAUGGACUGGGAAGACGUAGCACAGAACCACUCAUCCGCCCAACCGACGCCCGGCCCCUCUACGGAACAUGAGAUCGCAGAUGUCUCCUUCUCGCUCAAGGACGAUGGUGGCGUGGUUGACGAAGGUGUGCGGAUUCCUGGUCUAAAGAAAGGACCUACAAAGAAAGAGAAAGCAGCACGUUACUACUCGCACUGUCUGCAUGUCCAGGCUUUACUGUGGCACAACACUGUCCGCAAUGGCUGGCUGAAUGACAAGGGUGUACAGAAGAUGCUUGUCAAAGGCCUGCCGGAGGGUGUCAAGCGAGAAGUAGUUCGGUGGCGAGAGGCUAUGGGCACAUCGAGUAAGGAGGAAUUGAAAGCCAAGAAGGAUGCCGCUACUGCGCAGGCAAGAAGCAAGAAAGGUCGAAAAGGCAAGGACAAAGGUCAUGGUCGAGACUGGAAUCAUGGUGCCGAGCAUGCGGAGCAGGGUGUGCCGAACAUGAGUGCUGGAGAUCCACUGCUGCGGCUGCUUAAGGUGCUGACCGCAUACUGGCGCAAGCGUUUUACCAUCACUGCGCCUGGACUGCGCAAGCAAGGAUACAUGUCAAUCAAGAGGAUGCGAGACGAGAUCAAGCACUGGCAGGCCAACAAGACGGAUAUGGAAGAGCAUGGCGAGCGUAUCGAGAAUAUAGACCAGCUUCGACACUGCGCUGAGGAAUGCGAGGGUUCACGCGACGUUGGCGCGCAGCUGUUCGCUGCCCUGCUGCGAAGUCUUGGCUUGGAGACACGGCUGGUGGCAAAUCUGCAGCCAGUGGGCUUGGGUUUCAGCAAGGCUGAAGAAGCCAAUGCGAAGAAGCUAAAGAGCAAAGCCACGCAGGCAGCAAAGGGCGAGGCGAUGUCGGACAGUGAUGUUGCCGUGAUCACGCCAAAGAAAGCAUCUGCCAAGAAGGCCAAGUCGUCAAAGAAGCAAGAUCGACCAGCUCGGAAAUCUAUUCGCGGCAAUCAGACCAAACCAAUCAACAUCGAUGACUCUGAUAGCCCAUUGAGUGAUGCACCGUCCGAUGCAGGCGUUGCUGCAGUUGACGAAGACGAUGAGAUUUCUCUCAUCGAUAUCACACCCGCUACCAUGAAGCGAAAGCCAAACAAGAAGUAUGAUAGAGAGCUGGCCUUCCCAAACUACUGGGUCGAGGUGUGCUCGCCGAUCUCGCACAAAUAUAUACCUGUCGACCCUAUUGUUUUGUCCACGAUCGCUUCGAACGACGACCUAUUGCAGACCUUUGAGCCGCGUGGCAAGAAAGCAGAGAUCGGGAAGCAAGUCAUGGCAUAUACGAUCGCCUUCUCGUCGGACGGCUCAGCUAAGGAUGUCACGGUACGGUAUCUGAGAAAGCAUCAACUACCUGGCAAGACAAAAGGCAUGCGUUUGCCCGCCGAGAAACGACCGGUCUACAAUAAGAAAGGUAAAGUCAAGCGUUAUGAGGAAUAUGACUGGUUCCGUACAGUGAUGUCGCAUUAUGAUCGACCGGAGAACAAGCGGACGGCAGCCGAUGAUCUCGAAGAACAGACCGAUCUCAGACCGCAGAAGCCUGAGAAGCAGGAGAAAGAGGUCGAGAAGGAAAGUCUGCAGUGGUACAAGCAGUCCGCCGAAUUCAUCCUCGAGCAGCAUCUUCGUCGUGAAGAAGCUAUCUUGCCAGACUCUGAGUCGGUCAAGACGUUCACAGCAGGCAAAGGCGACAAAGCGAAAGAGUUCCCUGUCUUCCUCCGCGAGGACGUCGUGACGUGUAAGACUGUCGAGUCAUGGCACAAAGAAGGUCGCGCGCUGAAGAAGGGUCAGCAUCCUAUGAAGAUAGUGCCUAUGAGGGCUGUGACACUUAUUCGCAAACGAGAGAUGGAAGAUGCGCUGCGUGAGACUGGUGAGAAGCUGAAGCAAGGGCUGUAUAGUUGGGACCAGACGGAUUGGAUCAUACCGGAUCCGAUCAAGGAUGGUGUUAUUCCCAAGAACGCUUUCGGGAACAUGGAUGUGUAUAUGCCCACAAUGGUGCCGAAAGGUGCCGUGCAUGUCCCUCUGAAGGGCACGGCAAAGCUAUGUCGUCGGCUGGAAAUCGAUUACGCAGAAGCUUGUACUGGUUUCGAGUUCGGCAAGCAGAGAGCUGUUCCUGUUCUCACUGGUGUGGUGGUGGCGGACGAGCAUGAGAUCUUGGUCCGUGAUGCGUGGAAGGUCGAGCAGGAAGAGGUCAAGCGGAAGGAGGAUACGAAGCGGACUGCGGCGGCUUUGCAGUGGUGGCGAAAGAUGUUGUUGGGCUUGAGAGUGUUGGAGAGGAUGAGGAUCGAUUAUGCUGAUAGUGGUGGGAAGGAGGAGGAGAUGAAUCCUUUUGUUAUGAAGGCGAAGCGGGAGGGUAAGAGUGUAGCUUCGAAGUCGAAGGCUGCGCCGGAGGAUGCGGUAGAAGAUGACGACCAAGGCGGUGGCUUCUUCUUGCCGGGACAUGACGAAGAGGAGGUGCCACAGACACGUGCAAAGGCGGACGCACAGAUCGAUGAUAUGGAGGGUGGUGGUUUUAUGGCCGUCAGUGAGGACGAAGAAAUGCAUGCGCCAGCUGACGAUGGUCUCUUAAUCGAGGACCGGAUGGAAAUCGAUCACAAGCAGCCUCCGCAGAAUCACGCUCCCAUUACGCCUACGUCGCUCCAGUCGCUACAUACCACCGCAGGUGAUGAUGACGACAUGGACGACAGAGAAGACAUUGCCGAACCUGCAAAGCUACCGAUCAAGCGCAACCCGACCGAAACCAAGCACAACACUGUCAAACCAAGACCUCAGCAGACGUCGAAGCGUCAGUCCAAUCAAAAGCAUGUCGUCAAGGAUGAGGAAGAGUCUGAACUCUCGGACCUUGAAUCAUCAUCUGACGCUCGAGAUGGAUCAGAUGAUGACGAUGACGAGGUCAAAUCUACGCCAUUCUCCCCCCGAGUCGUGCUGCUGUCUUCCAAGACGACACCGAAGACCCGAGCCAGACAGCCGAAGAAGGCUACGCCGCUGAAGAGCCAGUACUUCGCUGCAAGCGAAUCUGACGCGCCAGAGGGCGAGGAGGAUGAUGCCGACGACGAUGACGAUGAGUCUGAGGAAGAGGUUGUCCAGCCUUCGCGCACUACGAAGAGGACUAGAGGGACCACUUGA